UACAGCGGUGUCGAUACCCCCACAGUCCCCAAACCCAUCUGCACCCCCGGCUGUCAUCUUCUUCCCCGCCCUCGCCCUCGCCCCAGCAACCGCUCGCCCCAACCGCGGCGCCACCCAUCGCACAGUGGCCGUGUGCGGUGGGGUGGUUCUGCGAGGCUAUGGCGAUGGCGAGGAGGCAGCACAUCACAAUAUUCACCACGGCGAGCCUGCCGUGGAUGACCGGCACUGCUGUCAACCCCCUGUUCCGGGCGGCUUACCUCGCCAAGGCCGGGGACUGGGAGGUCACGCUGGUGGUGCCGUGGCUGUCCAAGGGGGACCAGAUGCUGGUUUACCCUAACAAGAUGAAAUUCAGUGGGCCGGCGGAGCAAGAAGGCUAUGUGUGGCGGUGGCUUGAGGAGCGGACUGGGCCGUUGCCGAGAUUCAACAUAAUUUUCUAUCCUGGGAAGUUCUCGACGGAGAAAAGAAGCAUUCUACCUGUUGGGGAUAUUACCGAGACGAUAUCUGAUGAAAAAGCAGAUAUUGCAGUUCUAGAAGAGCCAGAACAUCUGACCUGGUACCAUCAUGGACGGAGGUGGAAAAAAAAAUUCCGUAAAGUUAUAGGUGUUGUUCACACCAACUAUCUGGAAUACGUGAAGAGGGAGAAAAAUGGGUACAUUCAGGCAUUUCUCUUAAAACAUAUCAAUUCUUGGGUCACCGACAUCUACUGCCAUAAGGUUAUAAGAUUAUCGGGAGCAACUCAGGAAGUCCCGAGAUCUGUAAUCUGUAAUGUUCAUGGAGUAAACCCGAAAUUUAUUGAAAUUGGCAAAUUGAAGCAUCAGCAAAUAUCUCAAAGAGAGCAAUCAUUUUUCAAGGGUGCAUAUUAUAUUGGGAAGAUGGUCUGGAGUAAAGGCUACACAGAGCUGCUCCACCUGCUUCAGAAGCACCAAAAGGAACUGUCUGGUCUCAAGAUGGAGCUCUAUGGCAGUGGAGAAGAUUCGGAUGAAGUUAAAGCAUCAGCUGAGAAACUCAAUCUGGACGUUAGAGUCUAUCCUGGUCGUGACCAUGCAGAUUCAAUAUUUCACGACUACAAGGUUUUCAUAAACCCAAGCACAACAGAUGUAGUUUGCACCACAACUGCAGAAGCCUUGGCGAUGGGAAAGAUUGUGAUCUGCGCAAAUCAUCCUUCAAAUGAAUUUUUCAAAAGAUUUCCCAACUGCCACAUGUACAGCACGGAGAAAGAGUUUGUGAGACUAACCAUGAAAGCACUGUCAGAAGAGCCAAUCCCACUGACAGAGGAACUGAGGCACGAGCUUUCCUGGGAGGCAGCGACAGAGAGGUUUGUCAGGGUUGCUGAAAUCGCACCAGCCACGCCCGCCAAGCAACAUCCUUCCACUUCACAGCGUUUCAUGUACAUCAACCCGGAUGAGCUGAAGAAGAACAUGGAAGAGGCGUCGGCAUUCUUUCACAACACCAUCUCUGGGUUUGAAGCCGCCCGUUGUGUGUUUGGCGCGAUACCGAACAGCCUGCAGCCCGAUGAACAGCAGUGCAAGGAGCUUGGGUGGAGACCCCAGGGAUUAUAGCCUUUCCACCUCCAUGCUGUUGGCAUCGACCAUACAAGUUUACAACUAAUCGCAGCCCAGUUGGGGGGCUGAGGGAACCAACUCUGAAACGGAAACAUGUGUGCUCUGAAAAGGAUUACCGCUUGACAGGCCCUUGCUUUGCUCUCUUUCUGGUGUGAUGAAACUGCAGUUUUCCUUGGUGUCGUCCAUCAGAUCUGUAUCUGGCGAUUGUGAAGUCUACCGGCAGGUGAGGAGUGCUCCUGCAAAGUUGAAGCGCUCGGCAGUGCGACGGUCUCAUCGUCAGGUGGCAUGUAUGUAUGCUUUGUAACAUAACAUGCGUGGCAACUACUCCACUACCGUGUAAAGCCAGCUUGUGUUUCGCAACAAUUCUAUGUGCUGCUGCUCUUGGCCCAUCUGAAAAAAGUCUUGUUGUAUGUA